GCUUGACUUCCUCUCCAAUUUACUAUCCAUUUUUUCCUCAAACCCUCUUGCGAUUUUUCUCAUCUUCUGCAAUAAUCCCUUAGUUGCAGAGAUCGGAACAUAGAGGAAGAGGAAGAUGUGAAAGGAAAAGACUUUUGUUUUUCUUGUUUUGUUUUGUUUUGUUUUUCUACUACACAACAAUCAAUGGAUUCUCUGUUUUGCAAUCAGGUACGGGAUUCUUCUAGUAAUAAACUCCAUGGAUGCUCCAAGGCUCAAGCUUGUUUGAAGAAGAUUCUCCACAUAAUUUCAACAGUUCCGCCAUGCGAAGUCCCAAAUUCGUUGCUUCGAGGUGAAAGAGGGUUUGGUAUUGACUUGAACUUGAGGUUGGGUUCUUUGGGUACUUUUCUUGAGAGUGAGAAAUCUGCGGAGAAUAGCUUCGUGGGAAAAGAGAAAGAGACAGAGACCGAUUCAUCUUUUGGGGUCGAAGUCAAUCGUGAUGCAGAAUACAUGGAAGCAAUCGCAGUUGCAGAGAAGGCGACGCCGGAGGCAUCUUCAGACAUCACAGAUUUGCCUAAAGUGGAAAUGCAAGACGGCAAGGGCGUGGAAAGCGGCGACGGAAACGAGAACGGUGGCGACACCGGGGCCGCACCGUUUAUUAACAAACGGCGUAGAGACAACGAUUCGUUAACACUGCUUAUCGAGGCAGCGGAGAUGAUCUCCGACAUGGGUUUGCCGAAUCAGGAACAAAAAGUUGCCCAAAGUGAGGAGAUCAAAAGUGGGUCAGAGAAAAAGAGUUGGACGGAGGAGUGUGAGAUUGGGGAGUUUGAGGAUACAUCGCCGGUGGUGAGAACGCGGAGAGGCAGGAGUCAAGUGUUACCGUACAGAUACAGAGACUCUGUUCUGGAGCCAUUGAGGCGACCACAAAGAUCAGCUGUAGUUUCCAAGGAAAAACGUAGGUCCAAGUAAAAAGGAAAAAUGUAUGAAUUACUGCAGAGUGGCAGAAGAAAACCAGAAAUCAUGGCAUCUGUGUUAAUGUUAUGUCUUUUCGCUUUUAUUUUUCCUAUUUGUAUCUGUAAUUUCUAUCCAAAGGUGUAGAAUUUGAGAAUGAGGAUAUCUUAAUUGUUGCGUCUUCUUCUACUUCUUAUAAAAGAAAACGCUGCUU